AUGGCCGGGUCGCGCCGGGCGGGCCGUGGCGGCCUGCGCCGGCGCCCGCGCGGCUUCCCGCUGGCGGCGCCGGCGGGCGCACUCCUGGCGCUGGCGGCGGCGCCCCGGGGCGCGUGGCCGGGCCGCGCCCGCGCGGCGCCCGCGGGCGGGGCCUUUGCCGGCCCCGGCGGGGCAGCGGCGCCGGCCGGCGGCGGGGGCGCCCCGCGCUGGACGCUCUGGGCCGCGGCCGCCGCGGCGGCCGCCGCCGCGGCUGCGGCCGUGUCGCGGCGGGUCGCCGCGCUGGGCGCGCGGCCGGGGCGGACGUCCGGGAAGCAAAGGACGGCCCUCAUCUUCGGGGUCGGCUACACAGGGGAGCGUCUGGCGAGGCGCCUGGCGCGCGAGGGCGGCUGGAACGUCUGGGGCACCUCGCGCACGGCCGACGGGCGGGCGCGGCUGGGGGCGUCCAUACCUGGGAUGAGGCUGUUCGCCAGCGCGGCGGAGGCUCUGGCGGCGGCACGCGCGGAGGGCGUGUCGGUCACCCAUCUCAUCGCCACCGCCGCUCCCAGCGAGGAGGGGGACCCGCUGUUGGCGGAGCUGGGGGAGACGGCGUCAGAGCUGCUAGCGCCCAUCCCCUGGGUGUGCUACCUCUCGACCGUCGGGGUGUAUGGCGACUGCUCUGGGGCCAGGGUCGACGAGAGCAGCCCGCUCAAACCGAAGUCCAAGCGCGCAUCCCUGCGCGUGAGCGCGGAGGGCCAGUGGGCGAAGGCAGCGGGCGGCGCGCUGUGGAUAUUGCGCCUCCCUGGCAUCUACGGCCCAGGGAGGGGGCCACUGCAGAAGGCACGGAGCGGCGAGGCGAGACGUAUCAUAGCCCCGGGGGGCCACGUGUUCAGCCGCAUUCACGUGGACGACAUCGUCGGCGCGAUCGUCGCGGCCAUGGCGCACGGAGUGCCCUUGCAGGGUGGCGCGGCGGCGAGAGUGCUGAACGUCGUGGACGACGAGCCGGCGCCUGGGCACGAGGUCUCCGGGUUCGCCUUCGAGUUGCUCGGCAAGCAGCCACCGCCUUGCGUGGAGCUGGAGAAGGCCGACCUGCCUGCGGUGGCGCGAUCCUUUUACGAGGAGAGCCGCUUCGUGCUCAACCGCCGCUUGCGUGACGAGCUUGCCUACGAGCUGGUCUACCCAACCUACCGCGAGGGGCUGCGGGCGCAGCUGGCCGAGGAGGCGUGCGCGCGCCGGGCCGCGGAGCGGCGGGCCCUGCCCGGGCGGCUGCUGGCGGGGCUCGCGGGCCGCCUCGGCGCCGUGCUCGGGCGCGGGGGCGGCGCGCGCGCGGUGGUCCUGGUGGACAACGGCUCGCUGCGCGCGGGCUCCACGCUGGGCCUGCGCGAGGUGGCGGCGCGCCUGGAGGAGCGGCUGGGCACUGGCGCCGCGGUGCUGCCGUGCAGCUGCCGGUUCAGUGACCGGGUGGACCCGAACGAGAUGGGUGGCAUCCCUGCGCGGACGUUGCCGGGGCUGCUGCGGGAGCUGCGGCAGCGCCGCCUUCGCGAGGUCGUCCUCGUGCCCGUCUUCUUCGGGCCCAGCAACCUCGCCACGGAGUUCGUCCCCCGGCAGGUGGCCUCCGUGGCGGAGGAGCCGGGCCCGCCGAUGCCCACCGUGGCGCUGGCUCCGACACUGAUCUGCAGCUGCCCGUUCCUGUUUCCGAACGCCGAGCCGGACGACCGCAUCGCGCGGAUUCUCCAGGAGCGGGUGCUGGAGACGGCGAGGAGCCACUCCAUGUCCUCCGCGGCGGUGGCCGUGGUGGACCACGGCUCGCCCACGAGGUACGUGGCGCGGUGCCGCGACAUGGUCGUGGGCCAGCUGGCCGGCCUCCUGUCCCCGCCCGAGCCAGAGCAGCGCGGAGGGUUUGAGCCCCGGGUCGUCGCCGGCUGCUGCAUGGAGAGGAGGGAAGGCCCCGAGUACGACUUCAACGGCUCGCUCCUCGAGGACGUCCUCCGGGAGCACGCGGAGUUCCAGGGCGGGGACGUCAUCGUCGCCCUGAUGUUCCUGCAGCCUGGCAAGCACGCGGGCGGGGGCGGAGACCUCGACCAGAUCAUCGGUCAGGCCCAGGCGGCCCUGCCCGACGGCGCCCGCCGGCGGGUCGUCAUGACCGAGGUGGUCGGGGCGCACCCGCUGCUGCUGGACAUCCUGGCGGAGCGGGCCCGGCAGGCUCGCGCGCCCGUCUGCGGCUGGUGA